AUGACGGCCGAGGGCCCAGUACACGAGCGCGUGUCCGGGCUGUCUGGCCAUCAUGUGAAUGGGCAUCACAGCGCCAGCCACGACCACGACUCUCGUGCAACUUCGCCCGGCAUCGGCGGAUAUCGCGCCCAGCAUGGCGACAGCGAUGGCGAUGCGGCCAUUGAGCGCUUGGGCCGGACAAGGCCACGCGUGUUUCCAUACACCAAAUAUCUGCCCUACGAGGCUGAGUCAAGAGAGCAGAGAGAAGCAGACAUGGACGAGAUGAUCAAGCAUCUCUACGUGGCUGUUGCAGCGGGAGAUUUCUUGCCAGGCGCUGUGCAUUGGACCAAAGAGAUCAGAGGUUGGAUGAGCCUGAAGUUCGACCUCACCAAGCAGCAGCGCAUAUCGCUGGUGAAGCUGUACUACGAGCUUGCCCUCGCACCUGGCCUCGAAUAUAGCGUGUCCGAGAGAUUCGCAAGCAUGUUCAUGGUCCUCACCAAGCGCAAGCACUAUCUGCAACCUGGCAAGGAUCUGGUGCUUGACUGGCGCCCGCUGUACAAGGAGCUCAAGAUAUUUGUGCUGCCCUCAGAGCACAGCACGCAAAACACUUACAGCAGCAAGCGUAAUGUGCGCACGCUGACCAAGCUGUGCACCUUUGCCCAGCUCUUCUUCGAUCCAACCGAGAUUCCCGCCAUGUUUGAAGACUUCCUGCCCUACUUCAGCAUGUCAUUCUCCGAGCAAGCAUUUGUGGUCUUUGGCCUGUUCAACCUCAUGCUCCCGACUGCAGCGCCACCCGCCCACAACGAAAAGCUGCAGCCACAAUACUACCUUCCUACAUUCUUUCACUUGUGGUCCAUCGUCAACCGAUCUAUGACGAUUGAUAUGCGUGUUCUCGACAUUUUCUCGAGACAGGCAAGAGAUUGUCUAGGCGCUGAACAGGUCCCAUUUGGUCCAUGCGGUAUUUUCACUGAGGAGCAGUCCUCGCUGAUCUUCACAGCAGUACUGAGACUUCUCGAAAUCCCGGUAGGCCAGGCUAGCACCCCAUAUAGUCCUGCCGUGGACCAUGGCGCCGGCUCAGCUCUCUUCCUAGACCGAGAUCCUCGAAAGCAUCCUGUAUCCCACAGCAUCGCUCGCUGGAUAGUCAUGUCCAUAUCACCCAAAUGUCUUGAAGCCGACAAUGGGAAGUCAAUACUUCACCAGCUCGAGGCUCUGAUCCAAGGCAUCGAGACUUUCUUCCACCCUUCCAAUUCGGGUGGAUGGACUAAGGCUCUUGCUCAGCUGGUGUAUUACCUGGCAGAUUUCUUCGUCAUGCGAUGGAAUCGUGAGCAAAGCGGCGAGUACGAGAUACCCGAGGACCGCAGGUUGAACGAUGAAGUGAAGAGACGUUUCGUUCUCUGCUUGCGCGACGUUGUUUUCAUGGGAAUAUAUGCCAAGAGCGGCACAGCCAUGAACUACUCACUCUCUACUCUGCAAAGUCUUGCAUUCUUGGAGCCGAAUCUCAUCCUUCCUGGCGCACUACAGCGUAUCUAUCCAGCUAUGCAAGGUCUAGUUGAGGUGCAUCGGACCAUCUCCUCUAUCCGAGCACUUCAAAUGCUGAGCAGGAUCAUCGCAAGAACUAAGGGCUUCCGGUGCCAUUUGACCACACUGCUCGGCCUUGCACUUCCCGGUGUGGAUGCAAACGAUCUUGACAAGACGAUGCACAGCUUGGCCUUCAUUCAAUCGGUGUGCUAUAAUAUCCCAUUAUACGAUUUGACGAAAGCGCCGAAGCGAGAGAAGAGCGAGCUCAAUGGGGACUAUGAAAUGGUCGAUCCCGACUCACCUCCCGCUGCAAGCUCUGGUACAGGGAUUGCUGUUGAGUGGGUAACAGCUCAAGUCGCGCGAUUUGAGGAAGCCGGACCGCUGCUUGAGGUCGACUAUUCUCAGGAGUUGAGCGAUGAAGACGAAGAACUCAUCCUGAAGUCUUCCACGGCUGGCUUUGCAGAGUUCCUCACCAGCUUUCUUGGCAGAGUGUUUACGCUCUUGCAAAACCUCCCAGAUGCUGCGAGAGUCAAGAGCGGCAGUCCUGAGGAGAAUGUCGUCAAUACUCUGCCAGCCACCUUCAGUCCUCUGCUUGCCAGCUUGAGCCCUGAGCUUUACGACAUUGCCCUGGAGCACAUCGCGCGUUUCAUCUCGAAUCACGUCGUGCAUCAAGCUCGUGAUGCCAUGGCAUUCAUCUGCAAUGCACUGGUCAAGAUCUCGCCAAAGAAGGCUCUCAACAGACUACUUCCAGAGCUCAUUACGAGCAUUCGGACGGAGAUCAGUGAGAAUGGUGCUGGUUCAACGCGCACAACUGGAAGCGAGAUCCUUCCUCGGGACCGAGCGCUUGUCUGGCAUGUCUCGUUGCUCAGCAUGUGUGUCGUUCACGUUGGCAGUGAUGUGCUUGACUUCAAAGAUGACCUCUAUGAAAUCGCCAACUAUAUGCAGGAUACCUGCAAAGGCAUACCACUUGUGCAUGUAUCGAAUUUUGUGCAUCAUCUUCUCUUGAACUUGACAGUCACGUACACCAUGGAUUUCAACCUCUUCAACAAAUCAGACCUGGAGCGCGGCCUCACAACGGCGAGUUGGAGUAAGACGACCGACCCAUCCGACCUGGACAUCCAAUGGCACGUGCCUAAGCAAGAAGAACUAGACUUCGCGGUCAAGAUCUUCGAGGCUCAAGGAGGACGAGCUUUGAAGGCAUUGAACGAGCUAGUGUCUGACACUGCACCGAUCAAGAGAGAUGGCGUCGGCAAAGACUGGUCAGAUGAGAUGUCGCGCAAUCUGGUCCUUCUACGACUUGUCAUUAGCGGCAUGUCACGACUCUUCCGCUCAGACGACGGCUCGGUCACUCCCUACGUCUUCGUCAGCCAUACUCCAACCAGCACAGAUGACAAUGUGGAGAUUGACCCUGCUGCUUUCGAGGACUCUGAUAGUGCCAAUGAUAGCGCCGUCGAUCUCAGUGAGCCUGACGAUGAAAGAGUCAAGCGCUCAUUCCAAUACCCGACGGGCUAUCCACUUGAGAUAGGCAGUCCGCAGUACGAAGCUGUUCAUCAGAUGCGCAAGACUGCCGGGGAGACGCUCCACAAAGUGCACACAUUCCUGAUCAAGAACCAAGAGGACGACGUUCCUUGCUUCAACUCGCUGUACACUGCCUACAGGUCGUGGUUUGUCGAUAUCGGUAUCGAACGCUCAGCCCACGUGUUGGAUAGGCUCACGCGACUCCUGAGUGCAGACAUUCAUCCUUUCAAGUUCUCCGGCACACGCAAGCAAUAUCCUAGACCGCUGCUGGUGCGACGUGCCAAUCUUCAUCAUUUCCAACGAUUACGCUUUAACGAGCAUCCUCGAGCAGCAUCAGAGCUUGACAAGACACUAUUGCUCGACUUGGCGCAGUCAAGCACUUCGGUCUACACCGACAUUCGUCGCACUGCUCAAUCGGCAGGCGAGCAAGCUAUGAAGAGCAUUGUUGGCGCAAAGCCGUUGAUCAUACCACCACUUCUUGACGCCCUCGAGCAGGCACUGAGGAAGAAUGACCACCCACGUAUCAAGGGUGCCGUCUUCACUCUGCUAUUUGGCAGCCUCGCAAAGCCGAUUGGUCGCAACUGGAAGUUUGCACCACGCAUGAUACGGCUCUUCAUCCAGGUUUCGGAAGCCGACAGACCCAGCAUUCAAAAGCUAGUUGGCCAAUCUAGCUUCACUAUCCAAGACAUGACUAAAGCCAUGGACCGGAUGGUCAUCCUGGAUGAGAACACACUUAAUGGCAUUUGGCCAGAUGAUGCUCUGCUACCAACGAGAACCAUUGCUCGGACAAUGGAAGAUGCGCAAGCACUCAUUCCACCAAAGCGAGAUAAAAUCAAGAGGCGACGUGCUGUGGUCGAACAGUGCAAGGCAGAACUGGCCGUAGAGCUCAUUGAGAGUGUCAAGAACAGCCAUUGGAAGAAGGCGAGCAGGACCGCGGUCAUGGCGAUAGGAUUGGAUUAUCGAUUCGAGACUAUCGCCUCCGAGGGUAUGCUGGACCUGGUGGUCAAGGGCGUGAUUGAUCCUCACCCUUCGCUGCGAAGUUUGUACUCAACAUCGCUCAAUGCCAUCUUCGGCUUGGCCCAGACGAGAGCGUUGGUCGGGCACAAGUACGAAAACUACCUGCUUGACGAUCAGCGCGAUCCUGACGAGGUAUCUGUUCCCACCGCCCGCGAUGACUCCACGUGGACUCAACGUUAUCUCGAAUCUUUCGCCAAGCCUGAAGCCGAAGCCUAUAUCGACGCUGACUACCCUGGAUGGCUCGUUUGGCAGAAGACCAUGCGCGGUUUCCAUACUGGUCCAAGCCAAUUGCAGUAUGAUGAGACCGAGCAGAAGGUGCGCAAGAAGAUGGGCUCUCACAUCGAUCGCAACUGGCUAUCUACCUAUUUCGGCUACAUGAAACAGGAACCUCGAGAGAAUGCGGAUAGGUUCCGUAUGUCCAGCUCCAUGAUUGUUGCAUAUGCAAUGGACUUGAUGGCGGACGGCCUGACACCUGCGACAUUCGAGGAUUUCAAAGAUCUCACUCAAGCUGUUUAUGGUGAUGGGUCAGACAAGCACCAACACCGAGCAAUCGCCGAGAUCAUGGGAGCCAUGCUGUCCAGCUCCGAGGACUUCGAGCAUGAGCUCAGGACACAGAUCUGGGACUUCGCGUUCCCAAUUGUGAGACGGAUCUUCAGCGAGGGUCUAACUCCAGAGAACACGUCCUACUGGUCUACCUUUGUAACCUUGAUCGUUGGUGGUAAAGAUCCUCGGCGAGCAUGGCCUUUGGUCGACUGGCUUGCAGGGUUUAGACUGGACAUGGAUGCCAAUACGGCGUUCAAGGAAAGCUCAAAGAUCUCUUUGCUGCAGCUGGUCAUCGGGGCAGUGGGAUGGCACUUCCAGCUCCACCGUGCGGUGGUGGAGAACUUCUUGGAGCACCUCAACCAUCCGUACAAAGCUGUGAGAGAAGUGAUGGGCAAUACGUUGGCUACCAUCUUCCGCACACGAUAUCAUGAGUCGUACAAGGAUGUGCCUCAGUUGUUAGAGACGCAGCGAAAUGCGUCCUCUGUCGGCACGAGACCCUAUCAGCCCACCGAAGAAUACACGGCCAUUGUCAAGAACACAUUCGAACGGCUUGAGAAGUGGCGCCAAGAGCGUCCCGUCGGUACACAGCAGCCAACGCCAUACACGCAAGCCAGCAAGACGGUGUUGUUGUGGCUUGAUGGCACUCUUGGCUCCUAUGACUGUACGACUAUGGUGCCAUUCUUCCCUGGCGAGGUCAUGCAGCAACUCCUACAUAUGAUGGACAUCAAGGAGGAUCCCGAGCUCCAAUCUCUGGCAUACCAUGUCUACCGGCAUUUGCCAAAUGUGCCGCAUCGUCAAGGCGAGGACAAGGCCUUUGUUGCCUCGCUUGUCAAGAUUGGCACCGAAUCUACAUCCUGGCAUCAGCGCUUAAGGGUACUCAUCAACAUGCAGAUCAUCUACUUCCGUAACCUCUUCCUCAUGCCGGUCGAGCAAGCCGAAGCCCUCUUCCACUGCGUACGGGAGAUGCUGCACGAUACCCAGCUGGAGGUGCGCCUCGGUGCCGCCGCCACACUGUCUGGUAUGGUCCGAUGCUCUCCUAUCGACUUCCGCAACAAGAAAAUUGAAGAUCUCAAGUCGCACUUUGCAAAUCUACUUCGAAAGAAUCCGUUACCAAAGAAACCAAAAGGCAACCUCAGAGCGGAAGGCACCAGCACGCCUACACAGGAACAGAACAAACUCGUCCUCACUCGGCAUGCUGCAGUCCUUGGCUUGGGCAGCUUAGUGCAGGCAUUUCCAUACACGUCUCCGCCACCCGAGUGGCUACCUGAAGUUCUCGCCACGCUUGCAGGACGUGCGGCCAGCGAUCCUGGCAUGGUUGGAAAGAGCGUCAAGACUGUGCUGAGCGACUUUAAAAAGACCAGACAGGACACUUGGCACGUUGACGUAAAGGCAUUCAAGCCAGAACAGCUCGAGGACUUGGAAGGUGUCCUCUGGAAGAGCUAUUUCGCAUGA